AUGACAGUCUCCCAAAGAUCCAUCGGGCACAACACAGCUGUGAUUCUUCCUUCGACGACCAGGCAGCACCUCAGUCUCAUGUUCAGCUCUGUGUAUCCACACUUACAGGAGUGCGGCUCAGGCUUCUACAGACAGUGGACUGGAUUCGACUGGGGUCAGUGUGUACCAUGCAGCUGCAAUGGACUCUCUAAUGAGUGUGAUGAGCAUACGGGGAACUGUGUGAACUGUAUGUAUGACACCACCGGGGACCACUGUGAACAAUGUAAAGAGGGUUACUAUAGAAACGCAGACCAUGUGACCUGCCGUGCCUGUCCAUGCCCCUUUACAUGGAACAAUGUAGCGUGGGGCUGUCGAGACAUUGGCUCAGGUGUGGUUCAAUGUUUUUGCAGACAGGGUUACGAUGGAGCCAGAUGUGAGAGAUGUGCAUCUGGUUACUAUGGCAAUCCAAUGGUGUAUGGAGGCAGCUGCAAGCCCUGCAACUGCAAGCAUGACACCUGGAACACUUGUGAUUCUAUGACUGGAGGAUGUGACAUCUGCAGUCAAAGUUUACAGGGUGACUUGGAGAAGAUGGAUGAUGUCCUGUCUGUACUUAAGCAACAGCUGCAGAACAUCAACCCCAACACUAGUUCACCCCACUGGAUUAACAAUCUGGAGACAAACAUCUUUGAAACCAAGAUUCUGGUUGAGAGGUAUAUCACUGCUGUGAGACGUUUGGUUCCAAAUGUUGAACAGCUGGAAGUGGAUGUGAAUGAUAUCAGAGACAACAUGAAUCAGCUAACUAACAAGACUCUUAAAACUUCAUCAGAUCUGGAGACUAUCAUUCAGAAUGUGGAUGGAACAAAGCUGAAAGCCGAGGAUCUUUUCUUUGAAGCAAAAGCUCUCCUCAUAACAAUACAAGGUUUGCUAAAGCAGGAAGCUGAGGUGAAACCUAAAGAUCCCUUCACCAAAGAUGAAAAAGUCCGGAUGAUGGAGGAGGCUGAAUACAUUGUGAAGGAAAUGAGAAAGAGAGACUGCACUGCGCAGAGAGACAAAGCUGGCAGUGAGCAAAAGGAAGCACACAAGUUAUUGGACUUAAUAAACAUGACAGUUCUUACAAAAACAAACCAGCCAGUACUACUGAAUAAGAUUAGAGCCUCUCUGAUGGCCUCAAACUCCUCUCUGAGGGAUCUGGCUGAGUUGAUGUCAGAUGCAGAGGAUGCAGUCAGGAGGGCAAAGGACCUUAAUCUAAAGAGUGGUACAGUUCUACAACAUCUGCCGCAUUUUGACAAUCUGGACACGCUGGAAAUGGAAUUGAAUAUGACUACAGACCUGCUUAAGAAUAUUACAGACAUCUUUUUAAUGCUCGAGGAUAUGAAAAAAGAAUUAGAAAAGCAUGCAGCUCAGGUAGAUGGUGGCAAGGUGGAGCUCUUUAAGAAGUUAAACAUCAUGCAAAUGACGGUGGCUAUUAUAGAAGAGGCUGCGAAGCAUGCAGAGGAGCUCGACAGACAGGCAACAGAAUUUGAACAAUUGGUUCAUAGUGUCAUCAACAGUACCAGCCUGCCGCCUCUCCUGCAUACAGGUGUUAACAACUUUAUCAUAAAUGCCAUUGAAGAGGCGGAGAUGGCAGCAAAUCAGUCCAUGGAGGCUGCUGAGAGAGCCUCAAAGGAUGUGAAGGAGGAAGAUCUGGUCAACAGAGUGGAAGGUCUCAAAGAUAAUUCAUCCCGUUCACAGACAGAAGCCAACAAGACUCAGACUGACCUUACGAUGCUUUCAGAUACAGUGAACACCCACAAAGACCGUGUGAAUGCGCAAAAGGAAAAAGGAGAAUCACUGACAACAGAGAUAUCAGCAGUCAGAGAUGAUCUCAAAAAGAUCAAAAGAAAUGACACAGAAGCUCUAAUUCAGUCCGCGAAAACAGCUGCAUCUGCUUCUAACUACACUGUCAGUAAUAUAAUGGAAAGGCUGAGGAAUAUCAGCGAGGAACUGAAAAAUAUUACUGAUGUCAGAGUGAAUAAAAGUAGUAUAUUAAAUGAUACAGACCAGGCCUUGAAUAACUUGGACACAGCCCUCUCCACGUUGAAACAUAACCUCACACAAGUUAAGGAUCUCAGUGGGAUGUUGCCUGAUGCCAACAUGACAGAAAGCAUUAGGCAAAUUAAGGAUCUGAUAGAGGAGACAAGAACCAUUGUUAAUAGGGUUCCCUUUGCCACCGCUUUCAAUGGAAAAGGUCAUAUUGAGCUUCAUCCCCCAAGAAACCUUGAAGACAUGAAAGCAUUUACCGCUGUUGAUCUGCUUCUCAAUCUUCAUCAAAGCAAUCCUUUGAAGGCUGACAGCAGACGAAAGCGACGCCAGGACAAACACAAAGCUGCCAACCAUUUUGUUUUCUACCUUGGCAACAAGAAUGCUUUUGGAGACUAUAUUGGGAUGGCUAUUAGAAGCAAUGUGUUGAUUGGUGUCUACAAGUUGGGUAAAGUUGUCCAUCAAGUGGAAACCAGCCAAAUAACAACAACUUCCAAUGUGAAUUCCUCCGACUUUGACAGGAUUAUGUUCUCCAGAGUGUACCAAGACGCUGAAGUUAACAUUACAAGCUUCCCAUCAGAGCAAACUAAUAAUUUGCCAAAGUUUAUGAAGCGUUACCUUUCAAACUCGACAGCUGGAGUCCUCGACCUGGAUCCAGACAGUGUAGUUUUCUACGUGGGCGGCUACCCUGAAGAUUUUACACCUCCAGUUGAGCUGCAUUACUCCAAGUACAAAGGAGCCAUGAAACUCUCCUACAUCAAUAACAAUCCUGUCUGCCUAUUCAACUACAAGCAUGCCGCCAAUAUAAAUGCAAAGGAGCAGAAUGUCAAGAUUCCCCAGUCAACAUCUGAUUAUUAUGAAGGGACUGGUUACCGCAUGGCGUUCUUGAAGCAGCCAAACAAGAAAAAGACAAGAUUGUUCAGAUUCACCACAAACAGCCAUGAAACAAAUGCCUUGUUAUUCUACAUUGGAAAUGAAGAGUCUUUUAUCUAUGUGUUUGUGGAGAAAGGCCACCUGAAACUUCAAGGACAACAAGCAGGUCAAGUGCUCACACCUCAAAAGAGUGGUGAAAAAGUGUCUCUGAUUAAACAACAGUUUACGAUCACCAUAUCAAUGACAGACAAGUUCGAGGUCCACUGUGGAAAGCAAAAGAUAAGCACAGAGUACAUUCACUCAAAUUAUACAAGUUAUUACAUUGGGGGUCUACCGGUACAGCUCAGACAGAGACACAACAUCAUAGCUCCACCGCUGAGAGGAUGUGUGGAAUACCUGCAAGCAGAUGGGGAGGCCGUUGAGUACAAUACGACGAUUGGUGUCAGUGCUGGAUGUCCACUCUCACUACUGGGUGUCCGUGAAGCUACAUUAUAUUCAGCUCUGUCUCUUGAUUCUCUGUUUGUCUGGAACAAAUGGCGAGUCUCUUUGGGCUUCCGGAGCAAAGGCAACCAUGGUGAUAUUCUCAGGAGCAGCUCUCAGGACUCCACCUCUGUCGACAGCUUUCAGCUGUCCCUGUCUGAUGGCUUUCUAGUAUUUAGUAGUAAUAAUCAUACCUUGAAGUCAGAUAAAAGGUACAAUGAUGGGAGCUGGCACUACUUGUCUGCAGUGAGGGGGGCAACAGAGUUGGAGCUCAACAUUGACAAUGAAAAUGUGACUCAGGGACUAUCUCCCCAUAUCAGUCCCAUGGAUCAAAACUUGAAUGGAAUGAAAUUCCAAGGCUGCAUCGCUAACCUUUAUGCAAGACAAGGGCCUGACCAGAGCGUUAUACCAGCUGAUCUAAGCUCAUUGGCCAAAAAGGAAAAUAUAGUCCUUGGCCUGUGCAGUCUAACACCUUUGUUAAAAAGGACCAAGAAACACAAACAUGCCCUGAGUCAGCCAGUCAGCCAGUGUAGAGACCAGCGAGCACAUCAUAAUGGGUAUUCGUUCUCUGAGGCAGACAGCUGGCUCAGUUAUAUCCUGCCCCAAGAGGACCUAAAUCACAGGCCUCACUUCUCUCUAGAAGUCAAGACCUACUCACACAAAGGGCUGCUUCUCCACGUGUUAGGGGGGAGAGUCAUCUCUGUGGUGGCUCUAUACAUAUCUCAUGGCAAGAUCAAGUUGUCCCUCGGUGAUAACAGAACCAUCUACCACAAAAGAAGGAUCAACGAUGGGGAGUGGCACAAAAUUGAGCUCAGUGUGGAGAUGAAUACUUAUCAUCUGCUGGUUGAUGGAACACGUGCGGAUGAUGGUCGUUUGCCCAACAAUGAUGGAUUGGCUUUAGAUCUGUACAACCCUGUGUAUCUGGGAGGUGAUCCGCUAAGAAAAAUCCCAAGGAGACACAGCAUUCCCAGGGAGAGUAUUAUUGGUUGUCUACGGAAUUUUAGACUAUAUGAUGACGCUGUUGGGAAACCUGGGGUGAGCCACAAAGCUUCACCCUGCCUUGAUGGAUUCACAGAGAUGGGGACAUACUUCAGUGGCGGUCACAUCAUCUUAGAUAAUUACUUUACUGUUGGCUCUCAGUUUGUGUUAACUUUCGAGCUGCGUCCUCAACACAUGACAGGCCUCCUCUUCCAUGUUAAAAAUAAAAAGGCCAGCCUUAAUGUGUUCUUAAUGGACAGCAAGGUGGGUGUCAAAAUGAAUGAUGGUAACAGGGCUGUCAGUGUCUCAGUGACUCCUCUUGAAAGCCUCUGUGAUGGAAAAUUUCACAUGAUUACAGUGUCAAAAGAAGACAAAGUUAUCAAACUAAAGGUGGACUCUGUGUUUGAUCAGAGAGAGGGCCACUCCAUAUCCACCACACACUCAACAACUCUGGAUUCGCUUUACAUUGGAGGGACAACAAAGCAAAACCAAAUCCCAGUGUCAGCACCAUUUGUAGGCUGCUUGCGAAAUGUGAAGGUUAAUGGUACGCCUGUUGCAUUUGAGACAGCAUCCAGGGUGGUUGGCCAUGUGAACAUCAAUAAAUGCCCUGUAGACUGA